AUAGUUUUGACUAGUAGUUCUUGAAAAUUUGCCUACUUCGAUUCUACAAAUUUGGCUAACUACAAAUACAUAAUAAAAAAGUGACUUUGAUUCACUGUUUAGACUUGUGGUGCUCACCUUUGUUGACUGAUUCAAAUAAAUUGGCACAAAAUAAACAAGAACACCCAUUUCUGUUUUGAUCAGUUUCAUAACAUCUUUCAUUAUGGCUGAAUUCCUUGUGCAGAUGGUGUUGGAACAAUUUGCUUCAAUCACUCGUCAACAGGCAGAAGAAGGGAUUAGGCUGAUUGCAGGUGCUGGCCAAGAAGUUGAAAGGCUUCAAAGCAACUUCCUGUCCAUUCAAGCUCUGCUUGAUGAUGCUGAGAACAGACAGGCUAAGGAAGACGCCGUGAGAGUUUGGUUAGCCAAGCUUCAAGAUGUGUCUUAUGACAUUGACGAUGUGUUGGAUGAGUGGAACACGAAGCUUCAGAAAUUGAAAAUUAAGAAGGCUGAAGCUGCAUUUAAUCCACUGAAAAAGGUAUGUUUCUUCAUUCUUCACUAUCUCAGUUGUAGACCAUUGGUUAUGCGCUACAACAUUGGUGUCAAGAUAAAAGAUCUUGAUAAAAAACUUGAUAUUAUUGCUAAGGAAAAAGAGAUGUUCAACUUUAGAUCAACGAUGGAGGGUAACAAAGAAAUAAAGCGACCAACGACAAUCUCUGAUAUUGAUUUAACACAGGUUUAUGGAAGAGAAGAUGAUAAGAAUAAAAUUGUAGAUUUAUUGUUGGGUCAGAGUAGUUGUGUGCAAGACCUCUGCAUCAUCUCUAUAGUAGGGAUGGGAGGAAUUGGUAAAACAACUCUUGCCAAAGUAGUUUUUAACAAUGAUAAGGUGAGAACUCAUUUUGAGAAAAAAAUAUGGGUAUGCGUUUCUGAGCCUUUUGAUGAGCUUAGGAUUGCGAAAGCAAUUCUUGAAUCUCUUACAAAUAGUGCACCAAACUUAGAUGUGUUACAAACUGUGGUGCAAAACAUACGUCAAAAUUUAGAGACAAAGAAGUUUCUUCUUGUCUUAGACGAUGUAUGGACUGAAGAUCCAAAAAAUUGGGAAAAUUUGAAACUUUCUCUUACAUGUGGUUCUCCAGAAAGUAGAAUUUUGGUGACCACACGAAAAGAAAAAGUUGCAAAUGUCAUAGGAACCACCAAAAUUAUCUCACUAGGGGCACUUCUUGAGGAUCAGUGUUGGUUAUUGUUUAGGGGAAUUGUUGGAAAAACCAUGGAAGAAUCUGAUAAAUUGAUGGAAAUUGGUAGUAAACUUGUCCAAAAGUGUAAGGGUUUGCCGCUUGCUGUAAAGACUUUAGCUAGUCUUUUGCAUGAUAAAGAAACUUAUGAUGAAUGGGAAAAAAUCUUACAAAGUGAAAUUUGGGAAUUAAAAGAGAUAGAACAAGAGGUUUUUCGACCUCUACUAUUAAGUUAUUAUGAUUUACCCUGUACUUUGAAAAAAUGUUUCUUAUAUUGUGCCAUUUUUCCAAAGGAUUACAACAUAGACAUAGAGGAAUUGAUUCGGCUAUGGAUGGCCCAUGGUUAUGUGAAGUCAAAGCCAAAGCCAAAUAAGGAUAUGGAGUUAGUCGGCAAAGAGUAUUUUGAAACCUUAUCAAUGCGUUCUUUCUUUCAAGAUUUUGAAAAAGGACCUCUUGAAAUUAGAAUAAGGUCUUGCAAAAUGCAUGAUAUGGUACAUGAUUUUGCUCAAUUUCUUACCCAAAAUGAAUGUUAUGCAAAGGAGGUUGCUAGUGUCGGGGGGCUAGAAUUGGACUCUAUUAGCGUUAGACAUUCAAGGAUAAAGAUUCAAGAAGGGGCCUCAUUUCCUAGCUCCAUAUUUACUAGAAAGACUUUUCUACGUAGCCUUAUGGUUGAUUGUAAUUAUGGUGCUAACCCUAAGAUAGUUUUGUCCAAAUCAGUUGAUCAGUUGGCAUAUUUAAGGUCACUAUCUUUGAACAAGUGCUCCAUUGAAGAGAUUCCUGUAGAAAUAAAAGGGUUAAUACACUUGAGGUAUCUUGAUUUGUCAGGAAACGAUAAAAUAAAAAAAUUGCCCGAAACAUUGUGUGAGUUACACAAUCUACAGACCUUAGACAUUAGUUCGUGUAGUGGUCUCAGAAAACUACCUCAAGGGAUGGGAAAUUUAAUUAACAUGAGAUGUUUGUUGAAUUGGGGAACUAGUAUAAGUCACAUGCCAAAAGGUUUAGAACGAUUGACUGGUCUACGAACAUUACUAUUUGUGAUAAGUGAUGGCAGUCAUGGUAGUAAAGCAUGCUCCAUUGAAUGUCUUAGAAACUUCAAAGGCCUCCAAGAUCUUGGUAUAAAAGGCUUUGGAAACUUGACAGAUGCAGCUAAGGUCAAGGGAAUAGAAUUAAUCAAUAAGAAAAACCUGCGUGAUUUGAUUGUACACUUUGAGAGGAGUAACAAUGCGGGGCAUGAUUAUGAAGAAUUUCUUGAAGCGUUGCAACCACCCCCAAAUUUAAUGGAGCUAUCGCUGCGAAAUUAUAAAGGCAACACUAUGUUCCCUAAUUGGAUGGUGUCAUUAAACAAAUUGAGAAAGUUAACUUUGGAGGGUUGUACAAACUGUGAGCACUUGCCUCCUCUGGGUAAGUUAUCAUCCCUUGAAAUUCUUUCCAUAUGGGGAAUGUGGAGACUGAAAAGAGUGGGUAAUGAGUUUUUGGGAAUAGAGAAUGAUACCACAUCAGCAUUUUCAUCAGUAAUUGCUUUUCCAAAAUUAAAACAUCUACAGUUUAUUGGUAUGCGUGACUGGGAAGAGUGGAAUUACGAUAUUACGAAGAGAGGAGACGAAGAUAUUACAAUCAUGCCAUCUCUUGAGACCUUGCAAAUUUCAGGCGGCCGCAAAUUGAGAUCACUGCCUAACCAUCUUCGUCAGAUGUCAACGUUGAAGAAGGAAUUUCUUUUUUGUCCUCUUCUCGACGAACAGAGAACCGAUAACUCAUCAUCAUCUUCAGCAAGCUAUCAACUUCAACAAUGAUGCAGUACUUGUGCAAAUAUACAGACUUUGAAUUCUCAAACACCUAGGGAUGCCAUCAAUAUAACUCGCAGGAAUUUUAAAGCUACAUAUUCGUACAUUGAUUUUUCAUGGUGGAUGUUCACUGGCAAGAAGGAUUUUCCUUUUUCUGCAAACACAGCAUUGAUUUCGCAUUUCUGAAUUGACAAGACCAUGAAUUCUCAAGCAGCUAUUGCCGCCUUUACUCUGUGGAAAUGGAGGAAGCGGAGAUUAGAAUAAUGAGACUCAGACCUCGCUAAAUAAUCUUGCUAGCCUCAAAUUAAGGUCGCUGACAAAUCAUCUUGUUAUAUGGCAACAUGGGAGAACAGGAUAAGUGGAUGUCCAAUACUUUCAUCAAUCUCCACUCAAUACUAACCAAGAUCUCCCAGAUCUAUCAACAGCUUGCAGUUUCAAGUCACAGAGAUGUAAUUUUCAAAAAUGGUGUUGUUCAACCAUUUUUUGGGGCAAUCAGAUGAAAAAUGAAGAUAUCCUUGUGUGCCUGUGGCGCUAGCCAGCAAGAACUUAAUGGCAUAGUAUUGUUGAUCAAACUGUCUCUUCCACCAACUGGCAUAAAUAGAACGUUCCAAGAAUCUUGAGUCACCACUCUUAAAUGUAAGGCUAAGGCCAAACUUGUCAUCUUCAGAUAAUGCUGGAUAUAAAAUCAGAAUGUUAAUCCUUUCACAGCAGAUAAGCAUGGAGGUGUUGGAGGCAAUCAAAUUUCUCAGAUUAUGCUGCAAUGCCCAGACGAGUUCUUGAUCAGUGUGAGUGGCCACUACAGUGGUUUACGGUAGCAGCCUUGUGAUCAGAUCACUGACAUUUAAGAGCUACAAGAGAACCUAUGGUCAUGGAGUUGAAGAAGAGACCCCAUUUACUUUCUUAAUGGAUGGAGGGCUGGUUCUGAGUUUCAAAGGAAGGAGUGGUUGGUAUCUUGAUGCAGUUGGCUUCCAUUUAUCCACCAAAAUUAUCUCACUAGGGACACUUAUUGAGAAUAAGUGUUGGUUAUUGUUUAGUUGAAUUGAUUUUUUGGGAAAAACCAUUGAAGAAUCUAAUGAAUUGGUGGAAAUUGUUAGGAAACUUGUCUAAAAGUGUAGAGGUUUGCCACUUGCUGUAAAGACCUUAACUAGUCUUUUGCAUUAUAAAAGAACUUUUAAUAAAUGAAAAAAUAUCUUAGAAAGUAAAAUUUGGGAAUUAAAAGAGGUAGAACAAGAGGUUUUUUGACCA